AUGAACAUCACAACAAAGACCGGUCUGAUCGCUUCCCCCCGGAAACGGAUCGUACGACCAAAGAAGGAGUUCGAUCCGGCCAUCCUUGCACCGUGUGCCAUCACGCGGCAAGUUCCACUCGCACUGCGUCCUUUCGGCGGUCUGUACAACCCGUACUCGAAGGGUUGCUCGGUGCUGUGUAAUCACCCCGCGGCCCAGGAGGUGAAGAACGUCGUCCGGCUGGCGAAGGAUGCGUGGAUCACGGAGGCGAAGGUGGCCGCUCUGCAUCACGGAGCGGCCACGGCAGGAGCGAUGGCAGGGACGCUGGGAGAUCGGAAGGGCGGUACGGCCUUGGUCGAUGCGGACGGCAAGGCGCUGCCGGGUGACGCCGAACUACCGGACCACGUUCCGGAGGAGUUCUUCCGGCGCUACACGGACACGGAUUCGAGACCGCUGACGCCGACCCCGACGGUAGCCAGCGGUCGGACGCGUGCCAGUGUGGGCGGGUCACAUCUGACGCGCCGGUGCGUCACGCCGGAACCGCAGACGGCCAAUGGCCAGGAGCGCAAGCAGCUGAUACUGGACCUGCGCCGCAGCCACAGCCAGGAGACGCUCUACUGGAACGCGUCUUCCGAGCUGAGCCCGAGCCAGCUGCACGACGGUGGUGGCGGUGGCUGGGCUCACGGGCAUGGCGGCACUGGUGGGGGCACCGGCGUACGCGGUGGCAGUGCUGGCGGCGGCGGUGCGGGCGGUUCUGGCGGUGGUUCCGCAGCCCAGUCGGCCGUCGCGGACGAUACCGGAAGAGCCGCGGUUGGCGGCGAGGAUGGGAAGCUGCGCGGUGAGUCCGACACCGAGCCGGGAUCCGGCCGGGCGCCGCCACAACCGAUGACGUGUAUCAACGCGAUGGACGACGGGGAGGAGGAUCCGCCGCGGCGGCGCGGUAAGCGGCGCAAGAAGUCCAAGCAGCUCACGCAAACGAUCAGCUUCGUGCCGAACCAGGACCCGGAGACGCAGAUCGCCAAGAUGGAUCCGGAUUCGCCGAACUACUCCGCCCGGCCGUCGCUCGUGCCGACGGGGAAAAGUCUGCUCGGUCUGGCGCAAGACCUGACACCACCGGCUGGCUUUGGGACGGGUGGCCCUCAGGACGGGCAGGGUCAGCCUGCCGAAGAGGACUGCUUUUUGGAUGACGAAUCGCUGGGGUUGCUGCGUCGUGGGUUAAACAUCGACAUCGUGGAAAUGAUUUUCGAGCGAUACAAAGGACGUGCCAUACGGGAAGCGUUCCGAACAGCGACAAUGGAUAGGCUAAACUUCCAGACGGAAGCCGUAAGGACAUUGCAGCGGUCCGUGCAGCAGCAGAGUGACGUCGACUACGAGAAAUGGAUCGAUCUUCCGCGGAAGUAUUCACGAUCGUCAGCCCGGUUCGAGAUCCCUAUCGAUACCCGCAAACUCACCCGUAUGACCCCGAUCGAGUAUUUGCACGAUCACGUGGUACUGAGUGGUGAUCGCAAACAGCUGUACCAUCGGAUCUUCGUACGCAAUUUGCCCCGGGAGGAACCGAAGUCAUCCGGUGUGCUGGAGAGCGUGGACAGUGAUUCACUGCCGGAAACGGAGACCGGUCCGAUCGAACACGACAGCACGCGCAAUCUGCUUGCGGACGUGACCAGGUACAUCCCGAUGACAAGCUUCGACCGGGCGUUACACGAGGCGCUUGGGUUUCAUGGAACGCCGGAACGUAUCGCCGCCAUUCGAGAGCUGCUGGAGCUGAAUUACGAUCCGUUUCAUGAGCUGCAGAUCGAUUUUAGAACGUGGUGUGGGAUUGUCGCGUUUGCGGAGCGUUUCAUUAACACGCUCGAUCGUGAGCAGGACCCGUGCGAUGAGCUGGAAAUGGUUGAUUUUGAGUCGCUAGAGCGGCGCGUCCGUUGGGCACAACCAUCGGAAAGCCUGUGCGAAGUGCUGCAAAUCAUCAAAUAUCAUUAA